UUUGGUUACAAAGUCUUUUAAAAUGUUAAUCCAAUACAUCCUCCCAAGUUCUUACCAAUAUAGCGAAAAUUUCCAGAUUUUCCAUUUCGCACUUCACACUGAAAAUGGUACGUUUCCUAUUCUUUCACACCUUCUCCAUUUCUCAUCUCUUUCUUUAAACCUCACUCAUGACCCAUCUUCACAAACACCAAUCAUCCGUCACCAAAUCAACCGGCGGCACAAAUCCCCAUAAUCGCAUACCUACCAAUCCAUCGCCGGAGCUCGGUCCAGCUUACAACAUCAAUGCUCACAUUUCGCCAGCAGUAACUUCAACACAACAGUUUAGGGUUGGGGUUUCUCCGGAAGCAGAGAGAAACGAUGGAGUUUCAAGGGUUCUAGGGCACAGUUUCGAAGUGGGUGAUUUGGUUUGGGGAAAAGUGAAAUCUCAUCCAUGGUGGCCAGGGUACAUAUGCAACGAAGCUUUUGCAUCUUCUUCAGCACGACUUGGCAAGAAAGAAGGGUGUGUGUUGGUUGCUUUUUUUGGUGAUGGAAGUUACCGUUGGUUUGAUCCGGUUCAGCUUAUUCCCUUUGAUGAGAAUUUCGCUGAGAAAUCGAAGCAGGUAAAGUUGAAAUCUUUUUCCAAUGCAGUGGAAGAGUCUGUUGAAGAAGCUGGUAGGAGAUGUGCUAUUGGUUUAAUGUGUAGAUGUAGGAGUUUUGAGAAUUUUCGUCCAACUGAGGUUGAAGGGUAUUUUCGUGUUCAUGUGCCAGAUUAUGAUUCUGGAAUCUAUUCUGUAGCUCAGAUUAGGAAUGCGAAAAAGGGUUUUAGACCCGCCGAAACACUUGCUUUCAUUAAGAAAUUGGCUGUUGCUCGACAUGGCGGUGAUGACAGAUGUUGUAACUUUGCUAAGAAUAAGGCUACUGUGUUUGCUCUUCGACGGGCAGUGUUUGAGCUGCAUGAUGAGAGUAAUGUCGAGGCUGUUACAGCGCAGCCACUGUGUACUUAUGAUCCCCAAGCUAAUCAGCUUGUAAUAUAUUCUGAAGCUCAUACCAGGAAUGAAAAAAAUGGUUUUAGACCCGCCGAAGCACUUGCUUUCAUUAAGAAAUUGGCCGUUGCUAGACAUUGUGUUGAUUGCAGAAGUUGUAGCUUUGUUAAUAAUAAGGCUGUUGUGUUUGCUUUUCGACAAACAGUGUUUAAUCUGCAUGGUGAGACUUAUGUUGAGGCUCUUGGUGCGUCACCAUUGCGCCAUUGUAAUCCUCGGACUAAUCCACUUGUUCAGCCUUUGAGUCAUCCUGCUAACGCUCCUUCGAAUAGUCCAGUAAUGGUGGAAAAACAUCAAGGUAAAGCCGUGGAGAAGCAUGAAGACACAUGGUCUACAAACCAGGAUGGUGUAGCUUCAGCUAAAAUAUCCAAAGUAGCUUUUGAUGACAAGGGCAAAGAAUCUUCAGAAGAAAAGACCAAGAGAUUUGAACCCGUUGAUGCUGCUAGUAAAAGGCCAUUGGUUAUGGCAUUGCCAAGCCAAAUUCACGAGACAUCUCAUUGUAUCCUUCUAGAAGGCAAAAAUUCUAUUGAUGUUAAACAUGAUGGAAAUGUAAUACUAUUAGUACCUCGUGAUGGAGGUGAAGCCAUGGAGAAGCAUGAAGACACAUGGUCUAUAAACCAGGAUGGUGUAGCCGAAGCUAAAAUAUCCAAAGUAGGUUUUAAAGACAAGGACAAAGGAUCUUUAGAAGAAAAGACCAAGAGAUUUGAACCUAUUGUUGCUGCUAGUAAAAGGCCUUUGGUGAUGGCAUUGCCAAGCCUAAUUCACGAGACAUCUCAUUAUAUCCAUCUAGAAAGCAAAACUUCUAUUGAUGUUAAACAUGAUGGAAAUGUAAUACCAUCAGUACCUCAUGAUGGUGUGCUGAAGAAGAUAAAUGUUCAAAAGCGACCCACAGAUGAUUUGAACUCUGAGUUUUCUGCUGUUGGUGAAAAAAGAAGAAAAACAACCUCGAGCCAUGUGGAGAAACCUUCUACUUCUGAAAAAUUUGCACAUCCGUCAGGCAAGGUUGAUGUUUCAGCCAGUAAAUUUCUGCAUGUGUGUAGAAGGCUUCUUUAUGAAUUGAAAACUAUUGCUUUAGAUCCUUUUCAUGGUGUUAAAAGAAAGAUCCAUUCAAUUGUUAUCAAGUUCUUUUUGCGGUUCAGAUCUCUUGCUUACCAGAAAUGUUUGCUUUUAUCGCCACCAACAAAGAAUGAAGCUCCUGAAGUCCGUGCAACUAAAUCUCCUGAUGAUCAUGCCAGUGCUUUACUGCGUAUGAAGCCUGUAAAACACAUUGUUCAACCUGAUAAUCCAAGUAAAGCUGCGCGAAAAAGGGCUGCCACUGAUCGCCAAGAAGAAAUUGAUGCAAAGAGAUUGAAGAAAAUGAAGGCAUUAAAGGCUAGUGAUACUGAGAAGAAGGCUGCUACCCAAGCUCCACCCAAAGUAGUUAAACCAGGCUCAACAGGGAAAGUGGAACGUCCAGCUAUGCGGUUUGAGCCGACUGAACUGACCAUCAAAUUUCCUCCUAUGACAUCGCUUCCAUCUGUUGCAGAGCUGAAGGCAAGGUUUGCUCGUUUUGGGCCUAUUCACCAAUCAAGUCUCCGUGUCUCUUCUAAGUCCUCUACAUGUCGAGUUGUAUUCUUUCGCAAGAUCGAUGCGCAAGCAGCACAUACAUUUGCUGUAGCAAAUCAAUCCUUAUUUGGCAAUGCAGAUGUGAGGUAUUUCCUUAAGGAACUGGAGCUUUCUUCGCCUAAUAUCUCUGAAGUUGCAAAGGCAAGUGAAGACAUUGGUGCCAAUGAAACACAACCCAUUAAGGACCCUGCAGUGGUUCAGCAACCCCUUCCAAAGCCAAUGAUCCAUCUCAAAUCCAUCCUGAAGAAGAAAUCUAAUAGGGAUGUGUUAGGCCAGGGAACCAGUAAACGGACACAACGUGUAAAAUUCAUGUUAGCUGGGGAAGAAAGUAGUAGGGGUAAUAGAAAUAACUCCAAUCUUGAUGAUGGUAGUGCACAUUCUAGUGUUGCCAAGGGUUUUAAUACUAAGAACGUUCAAAAGGUCAUUUCUCAACCAUCUUUGCCCAUUCUUCCAUUUCAUACUCAGUCUGCUAAAACCACACAGCAUAAUUUGCAUAAUUUCGAAAUGGCACCGAUACAUACUCCCAAUUUUACAAACACGGGUGCAUCAACUUCCACAACUACAGUUGAUAUAUCACAACAGAUGAUGGGUCUUUUGACAAGGUGUCACGGUGUUGUUACUAACUUGACGAGUUCAGGCUAUGUACCCUACCGUCCACUAUGAUAAAGUGGCAUCAUUUAGAUUAGUUUACCAAAUCCAAUGCAAGAAAAAUGAGGACUAGGUUGAUUGCGGAGUAUUUACUCGAGGAAAUGCAAGAGAAGUUUAAUCUUUGUUCAAGUUUUUUUUUUUUGAGGGGUUUGGGUUAUGAAAUGCAAAUGUACUCUACAUUGAAAAUGACAUCUUAGUUAUUUUACCUGCCUUACUUUUCUGUUUCCUUAAUUAUUACUCCAAUCAUUUUCAA